ACCCCAGUCUGUGACUGUUUGCUCCCUAAACAGCAGCGCUGCCACCGCGUUCCGCAGUGAAGGAAGACAUGCAUCAGGUCGUGGAGUGCGUGCCGAAUUUCUCCGAAGGUCGAGACCAAAAGGUCAUCGAUGCCAUUGCAACAGCCAUCCGUGACACAGUGGGAUGUACUCUGCUCGACGUCGAUCCCGGUGCCUCUACAAACAGGACAGUGUACACGUUCGUGGGGGAUCCGGAGGCAGUCGUGAAGGGGGCCCUCAAUGGGGCCAAGGCGGCGCACAGACUUAUCGACAUGGCAGUUCACAAAGGGGAGCACCCACGGCUGGGGGCAAUGGACGUUUGUCCUUUCAUCCCAGUGCGUGACAUCACAGUAGCGGAGUGUGUUUCGUGCGCGAAGCAACUAGGCCACCUGUUGGCGAGCGAACUUGAUGUUCCCGUAUAUCUGUAUGGUGCUGCUUCCUCGCGGGACUAUCGCAAAACUGUAGCACAGAUCAGAGCUGGAGAGUACGAGGCCCUGGCCACCAGAAUCAAGACCGCAGAAUGGGAGCCAGAUUUUGGUCCCUCAAAUUUCGUGCCGCAGUGGGGCGCCACCAUGGUGGGGGUCAGGCAGUUCCUCAUUGCUUAUAACGUCAACCUAAUUGCUACGAAGGAACAAGCACACAGGAUUGCGCUGAACAUCCGGGAGCGGGGACGCGGCAAGUCGGAACCGGGCAGAUUGCCUGCUGUACAGGGGAUGGGCUGGUGGCUGGAAGAGGCCAACAUGGCGCAGGUGUCUCUCAAUCUCACCGACCAUGACGUCACGCCCAUCCAUUUGGCUUACGAGGAGGUCUGCAAGGAUGCGGCGGCACUGAGUCUGCCUGUCGUCGGCUCCGAGAUUGUCGGCCUCGUGCCCCUGAGAGCCCUCCUGCAGGUGGCAGAGUUCUACAUAAAAAGGGACGGCCUCUUGGUUCUGGAGGAGGGGCAGAAAGUGCGACUGGCCAUCAGCAAGUUGGGGCUGUCAUCACUGAAACCCUUCGUUCCGAAGGAACGCGUGAUCGAGUACCGAUUGGGCAGCACGUCCUCAGGGUCACUGGUGCGUCUCCCAACAGAAAGCUUUGUGCGUGCUGUUGGAGCUCGGACGCCCGCACCAGGAGGAGGAUCCGUCGCGGCGCUGCUAGCCGCUCUCGGCGCGGCGCUCGGCACAAUGGUCGGACAAAUGACCUACGGGAAGCGUCAGUUCGAGCCUCUGGACGCCACAAUCAGACAGCUGCUACCCAUCGUACACGACGCCAUGAACAACUUGCUGCCGCUCGUAGACGCCGACGCAGCAACCUUCAAGCAAUAUAUGGAUGCCCUGAAGCUGCCUAAGAGAACAGCGGAAGAGGAAGCUGUGAGGGACCAAGCAUUACAGGAAGGUCUCCUGAAGGCCACACAAGUUCCUUACAGUGUUGUGAAGGAAGUGAACUACCUGUGGCCCACCCUCGUGCAGCUGGCGAGGGUGUGCAACAUGGGGACUGCUUCUGACUUGCAAGUUGGCGCGCGGUGCUUGGAGACCAGUGUAUGGGGUGCGUAUUACAAUGUCGCCAUCAAUCUGCAAGGUUUGAGGGACACGGCAAGAAAGGAGGAGCUGGAGACAGAGAUGAAAGAGGCGGUGCGCGUCGCACAAGAAGGACUACAGAUGGUGCUGUCAGCGCUGGCACAGAGGAAGAACGAAUAAGAUGCAAUUUUAUUUGUGGCCGGUUACUGUGAAGUGACAGGUGUAAUUUCAUUGCUGAAGUUCUAAUGAGAAUCCAGGCAUUUAUGAUCAGAGUAAAUGUAGUUUUCAUACAUAA